CAAAUUACGAUGGAAUCAAAGAUCCAACUAAACCUAUCUUAUUAGCUAUCAAUGGAAACGUUUAUAAUAUGAAUGCUAAUAAAGCUAUCUAUGGUCCUGGUGGUACUUAUCAUCAUUUUGCUGGUAAAGACGCUUCUAGAGCUUUUGUGACGGGUUGUUUUAAAUCGGGUUUAACUUAUGAUACAAGAGGGUUUAAUGAUCAACAGAAAAAAGCUUUAGAUCAUUGGAGUGGGUUUUUUGAAAAUUCUCCAAAGUAUCCUAAAGUUGGUACGGUGAUUUUACCUAAAAUUGAUCCAAAUGUACCUUUACCAAAAGAUUGUGAUCCUAAAUUAGAAGGUGGUGCAGUUUGAAAUCAAAUCAAAAUCAAUCUCUUUUUCUGGUUGAAGUUUUUUAAAGGUUUCAUUUUUGAUGUGUGUGUGUUUUUUGCAUUAGUUUUUUUUGGUUUUUUUGGUUUUUGUAUGAAUAAUAGUGUUUGUUUAUUUUUGUUGGAUUUAUUUAACACCUUUGAAUUUUAGAAUUUCCCAUUUUGUUGUGUAUAAACUAAAACAAGAACAAUAAAACUCACUUGAUUUAACUCUCAAUUUUAUAAAUUCCUGGAUUUCUGAUCUCUUUAGAAUAAAACAUGUGGAGUUUUCUUAGC